AUGAUCAGUCUUCCAGGUUAUCAGGCAGAUAUUCUACUUCACAACGGAUGUCCGUUUGUAGAGAUAGGUCUUCCAGAAAUAGGAUGCAAAGCAACAGCUAAAAUUGUACGGGUGUCUUUCACGCAAGUUGUACUGCGCAUAUUCGAAGUUGAUGGAAAAAGAUGCAGUUUGGAAUAUCGUGCGGUGUUUAGACCGGCUGAGUUCGAUCCUGAAGAGCACUUGUGUAGUAGAUUUACUGUUGGUAGUGUUGUAAGUUGUGUUGUUAUUUCAUAUGGAGAUUGUGGAGUGAUUGUGAGCAUGUAA